CGAACCCGAAGAGGCUCGAAGAGGUCCAACUCGAAUUUUGUGCGGAACUCAAGUUGACGAGGUCCCAACUCGAAUUGUUGGUGUAUCCAGGUUCUUUCUGAUUCAAUGUAAUUUCGAACUGGCUUUUUGUUUUUCUGUUUUUUGAAUGUUUUAUGUUUGGGGUUCGAUGUUCUGUACGUCGAUUGUCUCUGUUGACAGAAUUAAUUCGAUGCUAGGGUUGCAAUCCCAGUUCGUAUUUGUACCAGCAAAGGUAAAAAUGGUAAUAGUUUGACUUUAAUUGUUAACUUGUGGAAUUAGGGGAAUAUAAGUGGUAACUAAAAAAAUGGAAUUGUUGCGAUUAUGUUUGUUAAUUGGAUAUAAAUGGAAUAAAUUAAUAAUGAAAGUUGUGGAAUUUGCGGAAUAUAAUUGGAAUUCUUAAUUACGGGUGCAAUUAUGCUACUCAUUCCAGCAUUAAAUUUGAUGGAAUGAGGUGAAUUAUGCAUUCAUUAGUGGUCAUUAUUCGUUCGUUCAAUGUGAUAUUGUGUUAUGGUGUGGAAUCGUGUCAAGAUUCGAUUUGCUUUGAUUGGUUAUUGUGGGUAUUCUUAUGUGACAGAUUAUGAAAAUGUCAGCGGGGAAUGGUAAGCGUUAACGUACAAUGGUGAGGGUUUUUUUUUUUUUUUUUAAGAUAUUCUUUAGGCUGGGGAUGUGAUGAUGUUUUGAACUGUGGUUUUAUGGGGAUGUGAUUAUCUUUUGAAUUACGGUUAAAUGUUUUGUGAUGUUGUGGCUAUGAAGGUUGGGGCUGAAGAUGAAGAAUGGUAUGGGGGGUAUGGGCUCAGUAACAAGAGUAAUGUAUGUGAGCAGAAGACCAUGCCUUUGUAUCCAGAAUUGUUUAAGGAUGACGGAUUAAGCUAUGGAGGGGCCGUCAAAGGUAGGGCGAAGGUGAUGGCUGAACAUUCAAAGGCCAGAAGUCGGCCUCCUAACAUGGGUUGCCGCAUCGAGUCAUUUGGGCGCAUAUGUCAGAAAUUUGAUGACAGACGAAGACGUUGGGUUUGUGAGAUGGGAUUUGGCAGUCUUUCACAUCUUGCUUUAGAUCUGCAUUUACCAAGGCAAUUGGCAUACUGGGUCAUGACACGGAUGGAUCCAAUCAGUAAAAUGCUUAGGAGUCCCAACGGACUUGAGUUUCGGUUUUCAAAGAAUCAGGUUCGGUGGGUACUAGGGAUACCAAUGGGUUCUAGGACUGUUCCUAGUACUAAAACCAUGACCCAACAUGAUCGUGUGAAGGUUUAGAGAUUUAUUCUCAAG